AUAAUAAGAACAGGUGCAGUGUAGGCUGCAGGGAGGAGAAGAAGUGGGAGAAAAUAAUUCAGGUAGAGUGAGUUUAAAGCUAUGACUUGUACCCUUUACAGCCUUUAAUUACCCAUCUACUGUAGGAACGCACCUUGUUACCAGUUUUUCCAGAACCCAACAAGACAUCGUGAGAAAGCAACAGGGAUACCAGGCAAAGAGAAAGGAAAAUGGCUGAGGCUCCAAAGAUUGAGCUCUUUGUUAAGGCCAGCGAUGAUGCUGAAAGUGUUGGAAACUGCCCAUUCUGUCAAAGGCUCUUUAUGAUUCUUUGGCUGAAGGGGGUUAAUUUCACCCUGACCACCGUCGACAUGAGGAGGGCACCAGAUGUUCUGAAAGAUUUGGCCCCUGGAUCUCAGCCUCCUUUUCUCCUAUACAACGAAGAAGUCAAAACAGACACCAACAAGAUUGAAGAGUUUUUGGAGGAGAAACUGGCCCCACCAGAAUAUCCUAAACUCUGCUGCCGGUACAAGGAAUCCAACACCACUGGACAAGACAUCUUCCGAAAAUUUUCAGCAUACAUUAAAAAUCCCAAUCCUGGGCUUAAUACCAUGCUAGAGAAGCAGUUUCUGUCAACUCUGGUCAAGCUGAGCAUGUACCUUGAAUCUUCACUCCCUCAUGAACUGGAUAAGAACCCAAAUAUCACAGAGUCUACACGCCUCUAUCUGGAUGGUGAUUCUUUCACUUUGGCAGACUGCAACUUGCUUCCCAAACUCAACAUCGUAAAGGUGGUCUGCAAAGAGUACCGUAAUUUUGACAUGCCCACCCAGCUGAAAGGCCUGACACGUUACCUGGAUAACGCCUACAAACAGGACGAGUUUCGUUACACCUGCCCAAAUGACUCAGAGAUCCUUAUUGCCUACAAAUCUGUGGCCAAGUACUUGACCAAAUAA